AUGGGCGAGGUGCCGAUAAAGCAGUUUGGAUAUGUUCCCAAGCGACCGCUCGGUAAAAGACUCGGCAAUCGACCAAGCACAACUGAUGGCCUAUCGCCCAGACAGCAGUGGCACCGGAAUAGGAGACCCUGGGGGGGGGGGCGUAUCGCCGAGGCGCGCUGGCAAUGCCCGAUGUGCCAAGGCGUCGCCCGCCGAGGACGGGGCGGGGGCCCGAGACGUAUCGGCGCCACCACCUCGGGCCCUGAGAGUAGCUCUAAGGCCCUCCAAUGGGCGAAGACAGUCAGCACGAAAAAUGCUGCGGCGUUGGGAAGCAGCGCUGAACAUUCGGCAUUGGUCUCCCGUCCUCCGAGACGGCAUCCUAAUGACCGGUCAGGUAGCAGAAACUGUGUCACGGAAGAACCUGGGGUCGGGGGCGCGAACUGCAACAGAGAAUCCCGCGAUACGAGCGGCAAUGUAUGUCGCGGCCGAAUUGGAUCUUGUCGUGAACGCGGCAACAGCAAGAAUGCCGCGGGAGGUAGGAGGGGGGGUGAACCAGAGAGUCUCGAGAAGGGGGGAACCCAACGCGGGCCGGGAACGUCUGCUACCUGGAACCGCAACGUGAAAGAGCCAAGUGGGACAACGUCUAUCGUGGGUGAUGACAGCUACUCGGGCGAUUCUUUCGCUACCGAUGAUGAUACCGAGAACAUAAGCCUCGAAGAUCGAGAAGAAGGCCCCGAAAGCAGAGCUUCGAGAACCGAAGAGCUCCGGCUCAGCGGUAUCCGAAUCGAAGACGACGACGCGACGGUCGGAGCCAUCCCAAGCACGGUUGUCGAGACGGGACGAAGUAUAGAUUAGGUGCCAGUAGUAUAGACUGGUGGGAUGGCAGAGUGUCAGGGGCAUAUUUAUUUUGGAAAAAAUUCUGUUGAGACUCGACGAGUAACAAAGAAAGUCAGAGUUUUGACACAAUGGUGUUUUUGACCUUCAAUUCGAAAUGUCUUCAUCGUUUUCGUGCCGGCCGACCUUUGACCAGUCUUUUUUUGUCUCCGUUUCAUGGCAUACCAUCGCUCACGAGUCAUGUGUUGAUCGAAGUGUCAUUUGUCUCAUCGAAAAAGCGACGUCGUGCUAGGUAGGUUGCGACCAUUCUGUUUCGAGUCCUCGACAUGAGCCCCUCGUGUGACCCCCCCCUUCCUUGUGGCGAGAGCAGGUGGUCAGAGGCGUCAGUGGGUUUUGGUUGGAAUGAGGUUGGGUGUUUUUGUUUUCCCCAUUCGAGCCC